AUGCUUCUUACAAUAUGUGGAAAUCUUCUUGUGAUAAUUUCUAUAAUUUACUUUAGAUAUCUCCACACUCCUACAAACUACCUUAUCCUCUCUAUGGCUGUGGCUGAUCUACUAAUUGGUGCUUUAAUAUUUCCUUUGAGCAUGACAGUGUCUCUAAAGCCAUGUUUGUAUAUAUACAGUUUACUGUGCAACUUAAGAAGCACAAUGGAUGUAACAAUGGGUGUAUCUUCCUUAUUAAAUUUGUGCUGUAUUUCUGUUGAUCGAUAUUAUGCUGUUUGCCACCCUCUGAUAUAUAAAACUAAAAUAACUGAUUGUGUUGCCAUGAAGAUGGGCCUUGGAAGUUGGGCUGUUGCUAUCUUUUUUAUACUUUAUGUGCUUCUUGAACCAUUUAACUGGUUUGCAAUUUCUAACUCAAUGCUCAAUCCCUUUAUUUAUGCUUUCUUUUACACUUGGUUUAGAAGAGCUUUUAAAAUGAUAAUUUCUGGAAAAAUAUUUCAAGUUUCAACUAUGUAA